AGGGUAAGAAUGGUUUCGAAAUUGUCUGACAACAGGUGCUAGCUUCGCUUCCUGCUCCAAUGUACCGCCUGCAAAAAUGCCAUGCUGUAAGACAACCAACGCCUGGGUCUACAACCUCAGAGUAGGACAAGAAAACAGGUUAUAUACAGUGCAGCUAUUACGAGAGAUAGGCUGUUGCAACGAAAACUAUCACAUCUUUGUGAACGGCGAAGAACAUUCCGCUCACGAGCUAAAGUACAAUUUUUGCAGCCCACUGUAUGGUCGAGGAGGGAAAUACGAAUGGGAGCAAGAUGGGCAUCAUUUUCUCCUCAUGGGCAAUUUUCUUUCCUUUACCAAGUCAUUGGGAGGAUAUAGAUUGUUUAUCGAUGGGAUAGACGUGAAUACUGGAAGAGAAUUCUACACUUUUUGGCUCCGAAAAGGUUUCCAAGUCAUCGCCAUUGGAUUGGUUUUCUUGUUGCUCGGUGCUGCACUGACCAUUGUUGUUUUACUCACAACUUAUGGUAACAGCUUUGUGGAAAUCGUUGGAUAUAUUCUAGCUCUUAGUGGUUUAACCUAUAUCAUCAUUGGGAUAAUCCCAGUUAUAAGAUUUAGGAAUCCCUCUAGCGCUUAUCACCAUACUGAAUUUGAAUAUUCACCAGCUCGCAUUUGACGAUAACCAGCUGAAUGGGAAUAUAAAAUGCGAGAUACUGUUUACAUAAAUAUCCUAUGUAUAUGCUAAACUUGACUCCAACGCAUUAAAUAUGUUCUCGAUGACUUCUAGUUGACUGAUCUUAAGAGCCUAGCUCGAGUAUACUGAACAUUCUAGAUUUAUUUUAGUUUGAAAGUUUAGUUUCUCACUAUAUUUCUUAGGAAUUUCAGCUAGUAAAACUGAGUAAAUUAUGCUUUCAUGCUAAAUUAUUCAUGUUACUGUACUUUUUGCUUUCAAUUGCAGGAGGCGCUCUUAUUAAAUUAUUUAUAAAGUGGA